AAACGUUAUCCGGUUCAAAGCCGAGCCGGCCUCGCCACUCGCCUACCUCUCCAGCCAAACCCACGCCUCCGCUCGCCCCGCUCGCUUCCGCCAUGGCGGCCUUCCCCUCCGCCUCCCCGUCGCCGGCGAUCUCCGCCUCGACCUGGCGCAUGGCGUCCCUCCGUGCGGCCCUCACCACGCUCCGCCCGUCUCCGGCGGGCAGGCUCCGGUCGUCCUUCUCGCCCGCGGCGGCGUCGGUCGGCUGCCUCGGGUCAUUCUCCGGCCUCGCGCCCGUCUCGAAUCUUCUAUCCCUUGGUGCCGAGAACUCAAGCUUUGAGCAUCGGUUGUUCAGUGUUGAUGCUCGUGGAAGGAUAGUUGCAAUGCGGCACGGGAGACGCGUUCCAAAACUUAACAGGCCUCCAGAUCAGAGGAAAGCACUUCUGCGUGGUCUUACAACACAGUUGCUGAAGCAUGGAAGGAUAAAGACUACAAAGCCGAGGGCAAAGGCAAUGAGAAAGUAUGUUGAGAAGAUGAUCACGUUGGCAAAAGAUGGAUCUCUUCACAAGAGGAGGCAGGCUCUGGCAUUCAUUUAUGAGAAGCAUAUCGUCCAUGCAUUGUUUGCUGAGGUUGCAGACAGGUAUGGAGACAGAGAGGGUGGUUACACAAGGAUCGUCCCAACAUUUCCAAGACGGGGAGACAAUGCACCUAUGGCAUACAUUGAACUUGUCUAGGAUCUUCCAUCAGUUGCAGUGAUUUCAUGGGUGAUUUGCAGGUAGAGUGCUCAUGUCUGCGAAUUGCCCUUUGGAAGCCUUUUUUUCUGAUGUUCUUUUGUAACAAAGUGUAGAUCAUGUGUGAAAUUUUGAACGGUCAAAUGUUGUCCUGUAAACUGUAAUUGACAAAACACUAUGCUAUAUUUUGGAAAGAGUUGCUGGCAUCGCAUAUCAAUAAGCUCA